AUGACUCUCCAUCUCGCCCGUCAAGCCAACACUUGCACUGGCAGCAAGCAAUGGUAUGUUUGCUCCAAGGGCAACUUCCACGGCUGUUGCUCAGUCGAUCCGUGCAAUACUGGGGUGUGCCCGGAUCAAGAUGGCCAGACUACAUUGUCGAUUGCGACCACUGCAACCACCUCGAAAGCUGCCUCAACUACCACAGCGAGCUCACCAACGACAGCUAUCACCACCGCACCCUCUACAAGCUCGCAGGGAGAUAUCCCAGGCAUCAUUCCGACUCGGACUGUGACUCAGGCUGUUGCACCGGCGACGGGUACUGAUACUGCCGGUGCGAGUUCUGGCCAUGACCACGGCGCAUUGAUCGGGGGUGUUGUGGGAGGCGUACUGGCUUUGAUACUGCUAAGCGGGCUGUUCUUCCUGCUUUAUCGGUCUCGCAAGAAGCGUGGUAAACGCUUCGUUUUGCUCCGCUGGCGUGUCCCUCGUGGCGACAACCAUGAGAACGCGUCAACCGUUGCAAGCAGUAGGGGUCUUGGGGCAGGGAACGAAGGACGAUUACUUGAUGCUCCAGCAUCAAACUGCAACACGCGAGCCAACCCAGUUGUCAACCAAGCCUUACCGGUGCCCGCCUCAGAACCAACAUCCACAACGUCAAAGACCAUAAGCCAAGCGUCCACUCACGCAAACGCAAGCACAAGUAAAACCUCAGCCCCGGCUGAGACAACCCACCACAGCUCCAUGUCCUCGGUACCACUAGCAUCAUCCACAACGAACCACCCCUCCCCCGAUCUCAACCUCAACAUCAGCACAAGCACAAGCACCAGUCCCCAACCACCAGCCCCAGACAGAGCAGACACAACCCCCGAACUCUCAGACACAGGCUUCUACCGCCAACGCGCCGAGCUAGCAGCCUACUCCCAAAGCGAACUCAUCAAUAUCCCUCCCGAGCGCCGGCAGUUGCAGAUUCCCCCUGCGCAGCAUACCAACCCGGAUCCAGACCAGCCGCCUCAGCCACAGCUGCCGUCGAUCAUCACCCCGGACGGGGUUAUCCUGGACGCGAACUUCGAUUAUAGAGUUCCGCGGGACGAUCCGUAUCCUGGUUCUGGGGAGAGGCUGGGCCAUGUGCUUAGCUUUAUGCAUUUUGAGGAGGAAGGACGCAGGGAGGAGUGGAGGAAGAGUUUUGAGAGUGGGACGGGGGUUUGA